AUGCCACGCUACAAUUCAGACAGCGACGACGACCGUAAAAAGAAUCGGAAGAACAAGAACGAUAGUGAUAGUGAUGAUGACCACCGAAGAAAGCAUCAGGGAAGGAAGAACCACAGCAACAAGGACGAUAGCGACGACGACGACAAGAGGUAUAAGAAAUCGGAUGGGAGGAGAGAUUAUGAACAUGAAAUUUCGGCAGGCGUGAACAAACUGUCGGUCGGUGCGGGACAAGGCUACGGACAAACUUUUCAACAGCAGCCAGUUGGGUACGGAGGUCCUCAGACUCCUCAGACUCAGGGAUAUAAUUCGGGUGGAGGAGUCGGAGGUUAUGCCCAAAAUCCUCAGUACAAUCCUCCUCCAGCAGGCUACGGUCAACAAGCAGAUCCUGGAAGAAACUAUCAAAAUCCAUCGUCGGGCUACGGAAGUCAGGGGUACACUGGCAACGGCUAUCAACAACAGCAAGCGGGUUACGUCGGUGGCACACAAACUCCGUCAAGUACGAAUGGUAACACCCUCGCCCCGGCUCUGAACUUUGUUGGCCCUUUCCUCCGCUUUCACGACAUUGACACUGAACGCCGUGAGUGGACGGGAUCUGUCUUGAUCGUCACCCGGACGCGUCCGGAUCGUCCCCCAGUCUGUGCCUAUAGCGAUGGCACGAGUCCAGCCAAAAACGCUCCGAUCAGAGAGCUAGCAACCUACGAAAGCAAUGUCUUUUACCGGUUUGAUCUUGUUGUUCCUUUGACAAACGGCGGAGAUAAGGCAAUUGCCUACACUAUCAACAAUGGAACUCCGUAUACCUUUUACGUGCCACCGCUCGGAGCUGAUUGUCGCGUAAUGGGUAUGUCCUGCAAUGGUUUCUCCUCAGACGUGACCAACCCAGACGAAGCCGGCGGUAUCACUCCUCUGUGGAAGGAUGUUCUCCGCCGUCACCAUGAAAAACCUUUUCACGUGAUGUUGGGAGGGGGGGAUCAGCUGUACAUGGACCCUAUCUUCACCAGCAAUGACGCCAUUUUGGAAUGGCUGAAAAUUGAUGGACGUGAGGCAAAGAGCCAAGCUCCUUUCACACAAGAACUGAAGGCGAGCGUAGAUAAAUUCUGCUUUAACAACUACGUUAAAUCAUUUGGUCAAGAUGUGAUGAAGGACGCUUUUGCAACAAUUCCGUACAUUUUCCAGUGGGAUGACCAUGACAUCUUCGACGGGUGGGGAAGCUAUCCCGCAUGGCUCGCGGACAGCCCGGUAUUCCACGGAAUCUACGCUAGCGCACGCCACUUUUAUCUUCUGUUCCAACAGCACACCGCCGACAUGUACCGUCAACAAGAUUCUUCCUUUGUGUUUGGCGCAAACGGCUCCUUCAGCUUUUUGAAGCACUUGGGGCCCUCGGUCGCAGUUUUGGGUGUGGACACACGAAGUGAACGGUCGUUGACUCAGAUUGCGUCUCCUGAAAGCUGGAGAAUGGUGUUUGAUAAUCUAUACAAGCGGACAAGGCCCGGGGUGAAGCACUUGAUCGUAAUGCUAGCCAUUCCUGUCGUGUGGCCGCGGCUGACUGCCGCGGAUUCGGCCAUGGAGGGAUUGAGUGGCUUUUUGGAGUUUGCAAGCACAAAACUGUCCGCGUUCAGCAUGAUCCCAGUUCCCACACCUAUCGCUGGUAUUGGUGAGGCGAUUGGAAAGACUGGACUGUACAAGAGCAUUAUGGGCUGCUUUGGAGAACCGGAACUCGCCGAUGAUCUCUGCGAUCAUUGGACGCAUAAAAACCACGAAGCCGAACGUUUGAGCAUGGUGACUCAAUUCCAGAGCUUUGCCCAGCAGCGCGGUAUCCGCGUUACCUUUUUGAGUGGGGAUGUGCAUUGCACUGGUGUUGGGUGGUUCAGAAGCAAGCAGCCGCAAGCGGAUGUUACUCGCGACCACAGAGUUAUGUGGCAAAUUGUUUCCAGUGCCAUCAUUAAUGUCCCGCCCCCGGGUAUGGUUAUUGGCAUGCUUCACAGCAAGGCCGUCCCCUACGAUCUCGAUAACAACACUGUCGACGAACUUGUUUCCACCUUUUCCGAAGAUGUUGACGGAAAAUCACUCGACAACUCCUCUAACAAAGUCCUUGGAAGACGCAACUGGUGCAGUGUCGAAGUGGAUGGACGUGAUCUGGCAUGGAACAUUUAUGUGGAAAGAGUUGAUCGCCAAGCUGACGCCAAGGCAUACCCAGUUCGGGUUGCUGGAUUAGUCCUGUGA